CUGCACCAAACAUUCUCUCCCUCUCUCUCUCUCUCUCUCUCUCUCUCUCUAUUUAUCUACAUCCAAGAAUCACUCCAACAAACCCAUAGCAGAGAUCCUCUUACUUUUCACAGGAAAUAAUUGAUAUGGCAUCAAAGAAAGAGAUGGAAGUGGUGAAGGGUGUAGACCUAAAGAGGUACAUGGGGAGAUGGUAUGAAAUAGCUUCAUUCCCAUCAAGAUUUCAGCCCAAGAAUGGAGUGAAUACAAGGGCUACCUACACUUUGAAUGAGGAUGGUACUGUUCAUGUUCUGAAUGAGACAUGGACUGAUGGGAAAAGAGGGUAUAUAGAGGGUACAGUCUACAAGGCUGAUCCCACAAUUGAUGAAGCUAAGCUCAAGGUUAAAUUUUACGUCCCUCCUUUCUUGCCCAUCAUUCCUGUUGUUGGGGAUUACUGGAUUUUGAUUUUAGAUGACAACUAUAGUUAUGCUUUGAUUGGGCAACCCAGUAGGAAUUACCUUUGGAUUCUUUGCAGGGAAACUCAUCUUGAUGAUGAGAUCUACAACCAGCUGGUGGAGAAGGCCAAAGAAGAAGGGUAUGAUGUGAGCAAGCUACACAAGACACUACAAAGAGACCCACCACCAGAGGGAGAAGAUGGCCCCAAGGACACCAAAGGAAUUUGGUGGAUCAAAUCCAUUCUGGGAAGGCAGUAAACCCAAAUAAAAUUGCAUCUUGAUUAUUCUGUGUGCUAUAUGUGGAAGAGUGGUGAUAAUUUUUCAUGUGUGGUAUUGGAGUUGUUUGCUUCCUGUUGCUUUUUGAAUAUAUAUGAAAUAGAAGGGAAUCCAAGGAGGAGCAUUGGGGUCCAUCUUAUGUCUGUUAUCUUAUUCUGUGAAUUGCUUGGAUGUAUUUCUAGAAAGGAUUGCGAUGCAGGGGUUGGUAGAUUAGUAAUUACAUGCUUAAUUAUCUUCAAAUAAUGGAAAACCAAUUUCCAAAUUUAUUAA